AUGGCGCUCCGGGGGCACUGGCCCCCUGACGGGCACCACCGCCUCCUGGAGGUGAUCUGGCCAUUUCUCUCCUUCUCUCCUCACAAUGAGCGGAGGACCCAGCAAGCCGUCGUCACCUGCCGCCGGAUCCCGGGGCGCUGCUUCUGGCACCCCAAGGGAAGCCGGAGGGAACCGACGCCCCCGGGCCGGCUGCCUGCUCCCCAACGGCGCCGGCCCCACCCCCAAUCCUUCCGGCGGCGCCCCAGCGCCCACCCACCCGGGCGCGGGAGUGGGAGGGUGCCGCGUGGGCAGCUGGAGCAACAGGCGUGGGAGCAGCGCUCCUCGCACUUCCUGGCUCCAGAAGGCUCGGUUGCGUCCCUCUUACCUUCGGCGAAGCAAGCCCCGGGCCCCGCGCCCUGCACCCCGCGCGCGCGGGGAAGCUGCGGCCGGGAACCGGGGACCGCGGAGGCGCCGAGCGCCCAGCAGCGCGGGGAAGCGCCCAGCAGCGUCCGCUCGCGCGACUCCUCGCCGGCGAAGUCUCGCUCGCUCCCUCCCUCGCUCGGUCCGUUAGUGCGUCCGUCGGUCCGUGGGGUCCUCCCUCCCCCGCCGCCGCCGCCGCUGCCGCCGCCACCGCCGCUCCAGCCCCGGCUCGGCAGCGCGUCCCUCCCCGCCUCGCCGUUCCGCUCGCGGGCUCGCGGGCUCCCUCGCUAG